AUGAAAAAAGCUCAAAACCAUUCCUUAUUAUACCAUUUGAUGGUAUCUCAUGGUCUACACUGGGUUUAGCAAAGUGUGUUGUACCAAAUGAAUUUGCAACUUUUCUUUAAACCAGCUGCUAUAAAUUUGUUACUUCUUAUAGAAAGCAUUUUAUUAUAACCUUUACAUGAACUGCAUCAACAGAAACAUUCCUUAAUUACAGGGCAGUAUUCUAGAUGUUAUUUAUUUGCUUAACCACAGGUAUUUGAGGCAUGGCAUCUAUCCAUAACCUGCCUCCUCUUCCAAAAAGCCUCAGUGGCCUGCUAAACUUGGUGAGCCGCAGGUCUUCCCCUACCCCGAGUGACCGCUACAGCCCACCUGCUCGGGCUGACUCCAGGACAGAGUCUCGCCAAGACCUUAGGCCUGAAGCCUUACUGGCUCCAUCUUCUGUGUCCAGCGCCUUUCAGCCCUACAGUGGAGGAAGUGGUGUGGGCAUCAGUGGCGGUGGUUUGAAUGUAGCUUCGCCACGCAGCAGUCCAAGGUCCCUCACUGCAUCACCCCGAAUUAUACAAGCUUUUGUUCAGGGUCAAGGCCUACCUCAGGAACACUCUUCUCGCUUCCAGAUCAACCAACAGCAACAGCAGCUGCAUCAACAACAUCAAAAACAGUGGCAGCUAAAUCAAUGUGACCCUCAGAAGCAUGCAUACCCAAAGAAGAAAGAGCGCUGCAGGUCUCAGGAACGUCUGUAUGAAAUGCAGUAUCAACAAGAGCACAACAUUUAUGCCAACAGUUUUGUACAGGAGAUGCAGGCAUCAGCUGAGGCAAACAAGGUUCCUGCUUGGCAGCAGCAGGUGCUGCCUCAUCACAACAUUACACGACUGCAGCAACAAGCACCGCCUUGGAUGCAACAAGUGCAGCAUCCUGCCUUCCAACAGCCUCUGCCUCAGUCACGUAGCAGCAGCAAAGGGCCUCAUAAGCACCAACGUCGCAGCAGUAGUAGCAGCUUGGGGUCCAGCAUGUGCACCAGUCCACCAAUGAUGUACCACAACAUCCCACCUUCACACCCAUUGCGCUCCACCCCGCCUUCUAAUUUCUCUGCAAACUCCUCUUUUGGUGUCAAUAACUCCCCCUUUGGGGCUAGUACCUCCCCGUUUGGUGCUGGCAGUGCUAAAAGUGGCACCAACACAACAGCUUCAUCACCUGCCAGCACUGGCAAGGCUGCCACUCCUCCAGUGCCUCCACCCAAACCUCGCAGACCUUCAAGCCUCGACUCACAGAUCGCCACACUCAGGAAGGAAAUGGUGGGGCUGCGGCAAGUGGACAUGUCUCUGCUGUGCCAGCUGUGGUCCUUGAAUGAGUCUAUCGUAGAGUUCAAGAAGCUGAUGUUCCCUUCAAAUGAUGGGCGCACACCCACACUCCCUCGACCUCCACUCCCCAACUUCGGCGACACGUCUGCGGACGACACAGACGACUACUACGGCAUCCCCGCCCGCCGGCCCGUGUCACUCAAGCCUUUCUUGCCUGCGACACGCGCCUCGCCCUCGUCAUCAGAGAGCAGCAGCAGCCUCGACUAUGGGGACAUCUAGCUGCGUGGGCGCCCCCUCGGGGCCACUCUUGGGGUCCCUAGGGGCGCCGACGAGACUCUUGGGGCUCCUCAAGGUGUCAUGGAAAUUCUUGGGGACUCUUCGCGGGUUGGGGAUAUUUCAGGGAGCCUUGUUGAGCGGCCUGGUGACGUGCGUAGAGCAUCCGCGAUUGUCAGGGACACUCCUGAUGUCCAACGAAAGUCCGUAGAUUCUUAUGGAUCCCCACAUUCUGCUCACCCCAGUCAUGCGGCUGCAGGGGAUGCUUCAAAUGACGCCAGAACCUUGAUGCCUUCCAGGGGUGCCGGUCACUCUGGGGUGACGCCACGUAGGAGAAACGUCAAGGAUCGCAGGACGUCUUCUGCCAAGGAACGCAGCGCCGACACUGGUAAGACGUUCCUCCGCAACGUCUUCAGCGACCCCGGUGGGAAGCUGUCCGUAGUUAAUGCCAAAGUUGCAGCUGGAGGGAAACUUACUAGGAAGGAGGGGGAAACUGCCAACGGUUCGGUGAGGCAUCGCACGACGGGUGUGGGGGAGUCAGCAAGCGAAAGACUUUCCCCGACGUCGAAAAAAGGAACGAAAGCUCGCGGUCGCCGCAGCCGCGACACCAGCGGCACCGACAGCGGCAACAACGGGCGCGACGAGAGCGACGUCGCCAACAGAGAAGUGCGUGCCAUCCUGGCGCACGCGGCCGACGACGCAGACCCGCGCAGUUACCAAGACUUGCAGGGACGAAGAAACGCGGACGAGGCGCGGCCUUGCAAAGGCAAGCGAGACGAGAGCGAUGACAGACAUGCGAGCAUGUAUGACGACAAGAGUUUGUCUGCUAGCGACAAACGUCCUCUUGAGAAGAGAAAAAGCAGCGACAAUAUCGGCCGCCAUUGUGACAGUAGCUCUGAACCACGAAAUCUCUUUGGGGCAACGCUGCUGGAGGGCAGCGACCAGUCCACGCCUAAUAAGAAAGAGCAGCUGGCGUGCCCUCAGGAAAAUAUCGUGGCUGGUCAUAGAAGUUCUGACGUGAGUGUUGGUCACGUGAGCUCCAGCAUAACGGGUAAGACUGAUACUCGUGCUCUGGUCGCGGCAGGUGGAAGAAAUGACUGUAAAAAUCCUGUAUAUGUUACGGAAGUGGCGGCAGGACGUUGCUAUGACAUCAGCUCCAUCAUGUCGGGUCGGGGGGUGUUCAGGGUGGGUGGGGG